AUGUGUUCCCCUCCAGCAGCAAAACAACUGAUAGAGAAAGAAGAGAUGGCCAGAAACCGUGGAAUUUCGUUUUUCAUUAUAUUCAGAUAUGCUGAUUGGCUUGACAUUUUGCUUUUGUUGAUGGGGACUUUUGGAGCCAUUGGAGAUGGCAUGUCGACAAACUGUUUACUGGUUUAUGUUAGCAAACUUUUCAAUAGCUUGGGAUAUGGUAAUUCACAUAAGAAUCAAGGGAAUUUCAUGAAUGAAAUUGAAAAGUGCAGUUUAUACUUUGUCUACUUGGGACUAGCAGUAAUGGCUGUUGCAUUUAUGGAAGGCUACUGCUGGAGCAAAACAAGCGAGCGACAAGUUUUGAAGAUUCGAUACAAGUACUUGGAAGCUGUUUUAAGGCAAGAAGUUGGGUUCUUUGAUUCACAAGAAGCAACUACAUCGGAAAUCAUUAAUAGCCUUUCAAAGGAAACUUGUCUCAUACAAGAAGUUCUGAGUGAGAAGGUACCCAAAUUCUUGAUGAACAUGUCAGCAUUCAUCUCAGGACUUGCAUUCUCAGCCUAUUUCUCAUGGAGAUUAUCUUUGGUGGCUUUUCCUACAGUACUUCUUCUAAUUAUUCCAGGAAUGAUUUAUGGAAAAUACCUUCUUUAUUUAUCCAAAAAGAGCUUCAAUGAAUACAGCAAAGCAAAUGCGAUAGUAGAGCAAGCAUUAAGCUCUAUUAAAACUGUAUAUUCAUUUACUGCUGAGAGAAGUAUUAUCGAAAAAUAUUCAAUAAUACUGGAUCGGACUAAAAAACUGGGAAUGAAGCAAGGAAUCGCGAAAGGUCUUGCUGUAGGAAGUACUGGACUUUCUUUUGCAAUAUGGGCUUUACUUGCUUGGUAUGGAAGUCAGCUGAUCAUGCACAAAGGAGAAAGUGGAGGAAGAAUUUAUGCAGCUGGAAUUGCCUUUGUCAUGGGUGGACUAUCUCUUGGAGUGGCACUACCCGAGGUGAAAUAUUUCACAGAAGCUUCUGUUGCAGCCUCAAAAAUGUUUCACAGAAUAGAACGGAUUCCAGAAAUAGAUGGAGAAGAGACAAAAGGACAUGUUCUUGAAAAAAUCAGAGGAGAACUUGAAUUCGAGCGUGUCCAAUUCACAUAUCCUUCUCGACCUGAAACUGUUGUGCUCAAAGACUUCGAUCUUAAGAUUGAAGCAGGAAAAACUGUGGCUCUUGUUGGUGCAAGUGGAAGUGGAAAAUCAACUGCAAUUGCAUUGGUACAACGGUUUUACGAUGCAAGUAGUGGAACCGUGCUCAUUGAUGGUGUAGAUAUAAAGACAUUACAGUUGAAAUGGUUAAGACAACAAAUGGGACUAGUAAGUCAAGAACAUGCAUUGUUUGGGACAUCAGUGAAACAAAAUAUCAUGUUUGGGAAAUUUGAGGCUACCAUGGAUGAAGUUAUUGCAGCAGCAAUGGCUGCAAAUGCUCAUAAUUUCAUUAGGCAGCUUCCAGAAGGGUACGAGACUAAGGUUGGCGAACGAGGAGCACUUCUAUCAGGUGGACAAAAGCAACGGAUUGCGAUCGCCCGAGCAAUCAUUAGAAACCCUGUCAUUCUUCUCCUUGAUGAAGCUACAAGUGCACUGGACUCUGAAUCAGAAACACUUGUUCAGAAUGCACUAGAUCAAGCCUCCAUGGGAAGAACAACGCUGGUUAUUGCGCAUAAACUGUCAACAAUAAAGAAUGCAGAUCUGAUUGCAGUUGUAAGUGGUGGCUGCAUUGUUGAAACUGGUACACACAAUGAUCUCAUCGAAAGUAAUGGCCAUUACGCGAAACUGGCAAAGCUUCAAAGGCAAUAUGGUUCUAUGGAUCAAGAACAAAAUGCAGAAGCUCUAGCAUCAUCAGCAGCAAGAAGCAGUGCAGGAAGAAAAAGCACAGCGAAAUCGAGCCCUGCUGUUUCCGUUUCACCCUUGACAAUUACUAAUGAUCCACAACCUGUUUCCUAUCCUCCACCAUCGUUUUCUAGGCUUCUUUCCUUGAACUUGCCCGAAUGGAAACAAGGACUUAUUGGAAGCCUAUCAGCUAUUGCUUUUGGCGCGAUACAACCUGUUUAUGCAUUAACAAUAGGUGGCAUGAUUUCAGCUUUCUUCUCACCUAGUCAUGAAGAAAUGCAUGCCCGGAUUGAAAAAUACGUCUUCAUUUUCAGUGUACUUUGCUUUGUCUCCAUUACUGUAAAUAUCUGCCAACAUUACAACUUCGCAUACAUGGGCGAGUGCCUGACAAGAAGAAUCAGAAUGAAAAUGCUUGAGAAAAUCUUGACCUUUGAAACAGCUUGGUUUGAUGAAGAACAUAACUCGAGUGCAGCCUCUUGUUCUAGAUUGAGCAACGAAGCAUCAAUGGUCAAGUCCCUUGUUGCUGAUAGAGUUUCUCUCUUAAUUCAAACAGCAUCAGCCGUGAUUAUUUCAAUGAUAAUGGGGCUAGUCAUUGCUUGGAAACUUGCGCUUGUCAUGAUAGCUGUCCAGCCACUCACAAUUCUCUGUUUUUAUACACGAAAAGUUCUGAUUUCAACCAUGACAAGUAAUUUUAUCAAGAAACAGAAUCAUAGCACUCAAAUUGCUGCUGAGGCUGUGUACAACCACAGGAUAGUGACUUCAUUCGGGAGCAUGGGAAAUGUCCUUCAGAUAUUCAAUGAAGCUCAGGACGAGCCAAGGAAGGAGGCGAGAAAGAAAUCUUGGAUAGCAGGAAUCGGUAUAGGGUCAGCUCAAGGUCUAACUUUCAUAUGUUGGGCUUUGGAUUUUUGGUAUGGAGGAAAAUUGGUUAACAAUGGAGAGAUAUCAGCUGGAGACGUGUUUAAGACUUUCUUCAUUUUGGUGAGCACCGGAAAAGUUAUUGCUGAAGCCGGAAGUAUGACGUCUGAUCUAGCCAAAGGAUCAGCAGCUAUUGCAUCUAUAUUUGCCAUCCUCGAUAGACAAUCGUUAAUCCCAGGUUCUUACACAGCUGGGGAUAGCGGUGGUGGAACAAAAUUGGAAAAAAUUACUGGUGGCAUAGAGAUGAAAAGGGUUGAUUUUGCAUAUCCCGGCAGGCCUGAAACGCUGGUUCUACGUGAUUUUUGCUUGAAAGUAAAAGCAGGCACAAGCAUUGGACUUGUUGGAAAAAGUGGAUGUGGAAAAUCAACAGUAAUUGCCUUGAUUCAGAGAUUCUACGACGUUGAUCGUGGUUCAGUGAAAGUCGAUGACGUGGACAUAAGAUUACUGGAUAUUAACUGGUACAGAAAACACACUGCACUUGUUAGCCAAGAACCAGUGAUAUACUCAGGCAGUGUUCGCGAAAAUAUUAUGUUCGGAAAGCUUGAUGCCUCAGAAAAUGAGGUAGUAGACGCUGCAAGAGCUGCCAAUGCUCAUGAAUUUAUCUCGUCACUAAAAAAUGGAUACGACACAGAAUGUGGAGAAAGAGGAGUGCAGCUAUCUGGAGGUCAAAAACAGCGAAUUGCAAUUGCUCGAGCAAUAAUUCGAAACCCGAACAUUCUAUUACUAGAUGAAGCAACCAGUGCACUUGAUGUUCAAUCAGAACAACUUGUGCAGGAAGCAUUGGACAGAAUCAUGGUGGGAAGGACAACAGUUGUGGUUGCACACAGGCUUAACACUGUCAAGAAUUUAGACUCCAUUGCAGUUGUCAUGGAUGGGAAGACGAUUGAACAUGGAAAUUAUAGCCAGCUGAAGAACAAGAGAGGUGCCUUCUUCGAUCUUGCCAAGUUUCAAGCUACAUAG